AGUCAGGGAAUCCAAAAUGGCAGAAGUUAGUGGACGUCUGUUGGACGUUCUUUCGCCCUCUGAGAGCAACUCUCCUUGUGCAUUUUGCCUGAAGAAAAUAUCUAAGUACACGUGUCCCCGCUGUAAUGUUCGUUACUGUUCCAGUACGUGUUAUAAGAGCGAUAAACACUUGCAGUGUUCCGAACUUUUCUACAAAGAUUGCGUCUUACAAGCAUUGAGAGAACAAAAAGGCAGUUUAGAAGACAAGCUAAAAAUACUUGAGAUGAUGAAGAAACUAGAGGAACAAGAUAAAGAAGAGGAGACUUGUGACACUGAGGAUCUAGAGGAACGCUUCCAAGAUAUAGACAUAAACAGUGAUCCAGAAGAGGUUUGGUCAGCGCUGACAGAGGAUGAGCGAAAAGAUUUCGAAUCGGCCGUGAAAAGUGGAGAGAUUUCUAACGUCAUUGACGUUUGGGUUCCGUGGUGGAGUCUAAGGGAUGGAAUUAAAAACAGGUAACGAACUCCAG